CUGGGAGGGAGAAAGGGUGUCUGACAGCAGUGUACCUCGAGCUGUUACGCAGGAGAGACGUAAGCGCGUCCUUGCUCUAGUGAAAUUCAAGAGCAAAUGUGAACUGGACUGAGUAUUAUUCUUCAGCAGUUUAAUAUCGAACGCAUAUACGCUGCAGUACUGUAAGUCUGUAACUUGAUGUGGGGAAGAGUACUGCAGGCAUGUAUGUGCGAUAGAUAACGACGACUAAAUCAUAUCAGGCUUAAUGUCGACUGCAGAAUAAUUCUACGGACAGAGCAGUAUUUAAAACAAUAUUGAAAAUACGAUAAACAAACUGAAGGAACAAAAUCCUAAACCAAGAUGCUCGAGUCAGAGUUCGACUGGUCUGAGGGCAAGCGGGGCAGCUUCUCGUGGCUAGAUUACGUGGUGUUCGGAGGGAUGCUGGUGCUCUCCCUCGCCAUCGGCAUCUUCUACGCCGUCAAGAGCCGCAAGAAGUCCAACGACGAGUUCCUCCUGGGCAGCAGUAGUCUGACUUGCUUCCCCGUAUCCAUGUCUCUCCUGGCCUCCUACAUUUCUGCAAUCCUCGUGCUCGGCGGGCCCUCCGAAGCCUACUACCACGGUGUGCAGUGGUGGGUCAUCUGCAUCGGCCAGGUAUCCCUUCCUGUGGCGGCCUUGGUCUUCAUGCCUUUCUUCUACGAACUCAGACUCACUUCGAUCUACGAGUACCUGGAGCUGCGUUACUCGUCGCGCCUCGUCCGCUUCGUCGCCGGCGGGAUGUUCGUGAUCCAGAUGCUCCUGUACCAGGCGGUGGUGAUCUACGCCCCCGCCCUCGCCCUCGCCUCCGUCAGCGACUUCCCUCUGUGGGCGUCCGUGAUCUCCGUUGGCCUUAUCGCCUCCGUCUAUACAGCCAUUGGUGGUCUGAAAGCCGUGGUCUGGACUGACGUUCUGCAGUUGUUCAUCCUGAUUGCCGGUCUCUUCGCCAUCAUCAUCAAGGGCCUCUAUGACAUGGGAGGCUUCGGGCCCGUCUGGGACAUCGCCGUCAAGUAUGACCGAGCUGGACCUCAGAUUUUCACAUACGGGUUUUAUCCGCUUCAACGUCACACUGUCGCCAACAUUGCAAUCAGCUCUAUCGUCAGCAAGCUGUCUCAGUACGCGUGCACUCAGACCACUGUCCAGCGUUACGCCAGCAUGAAGAGUCUCACCCAUGCCUACGCGUCCAUAUUCCUCGUCAUGCCUUUCUUCAUUCUGCUAAUCUCUCUCACCGUGAUAGCAGGGAUUGUGAUGUUCGCGACGUACGAGGGCUGCGACCCCCUGGCGGCCGGACUCAUCACCAAGAAGGACCAGAUCCUGCCCUUCUACGUCAUGGAUCGCCUCAGCUCCAUCCCGGGGCUGCCGGGGCUCUUCGUGGCCUGCAUCUUCUCCGGCGCCCUCAGCACCAUCUCCUCGGGCGUGAAUUCCCAGGCUGCCGUCACGUGGGAGGACGUCUUCUCCAGGAGGCCGAGCUGCGCCAAGCUCUCGAAGACGUCGCAAGCCUGGAUCACCAAGUUUUUGGCCCUAGGUUACGGGGUCCUGGCGAUGGGUCUGGCUUUCCUCGCGGGCCACAUGGGCGGGGUUCUCCAGGCCGCCAUUGCCGUGACGUCAUCAGUAGCGGGUCCUAUGUUGGCCUGCUUCAUCAUGGCACUCUUCCUCCCCUUCACAAACUAUAAGGGAGCGAGCGCGGCACUGAUCGUGGGCACAGCCGUAGCCCUAGGAUUCAGCUUCGGCGCGACGGCCAUUGGCAUCAAACCUGAGCUCCUGCCGGCGCCCACUGAUGCGUGCCCUUCCAACAUCACGCUGCCGCCACCCCCUGAUGUUCCUCCUGUCAGAGUAUCCAGCCUGGACUAUCCUGAGAAGAUCCUGGGCCUAUCCUACACGCUACUCGGCCCUCUAGGUUUAGUCGUGGGACUGUUUGUCGGAAUCUUUGUCAGCCUCAUAACAGGUCGAUCCCGAGGCGUCCGCGUAGAGAGAUCGCUCGUGCACAAGUGGGUCAGAUGGAGCCUUCCUGACCCCAACAAGGUCACAGCUCGGGUCAAAGCUCACUCCUACAACAACAAACUUUCGACGCAGUUUUAGGAUUUGUUAUUUGUUAUUCAGUGAUAGUAUGUAAUAAUAUUGGUUCUAAUAUUGCAAGAACAAAUAUUAUCUUAUGCACUGAAAUACUUUCGAUGGUUAAAAGAAAAUCUAAAUUUACACACUGAAAUAUAACUGUGCUAUGUGUGAAUAUGAAAUUGUUAUCGUUAAAGAAUUAUGCUUAUAUAUAUAUAUAUAUAUAUAUAUAUAUAUAUAUAUAUAUAUAUGUAUGUAUGUAUGUGUGUGUGUGUGUGUG